AUGCUUCUUAAGCAGCACAAGAGUGAAGAAACAGACGAAGAGUCAUUCGCAAGUAUUAUCUCUAUUUCCAAUGAAAGUUCAGAAGAUUUAUUAAAAGUGAACCAAAGUUAUGUAGAAGUCUCUCUUUAUUCUGUUAUUAAUUUUUCUCAUGCAGAAUACCAAGGACACACAGAAAUUAUAAAACGAAUUUCACCACCUAUUGGUAAAGCACAUUGCAGCAUAUGCUUACUAUUUUAA